UAAAACAAAUGUUACCCCUUUCAGAUAUUCUGAAGGUGAGAUACGUUUCAAUCUGAUGGCAAUUGUGUCUGACAGAAAGAAGAUAUAUGAAAAGAAAAUCGGUGAAUUACAGAAACAGCUUACAGAGGUGCAGCCAAUGGAAAUGGAUCACUGCAGUUUUGUAAGCUUUAUUAAAUCCGAAAUUUUUAAAUAUGAGCUCCUCCUUGAAGAAGAAAACCGGAAGACUAAGCGAUAUAAGAUUGAAAAUAUCAGGCGGAAACACAAUUAUCUUCCAUUCAUCAUGGAGUUAUUAAAAACUUUGGCAGAACACCAACAGUUAAUACCACUAGUAGAAAAGGCUAAAGAAAAGCAGACAAGAAGAGCACAAGAAGCAAAAUAAAAAUCCUUGUUGAAGGCAAAAAAGUCAAGCUUCUUUUGCAAAGUUCUGGAUGAAAAUAGCAAUCAAAGACUUUUUAUGUUAUUCACGUGUCUUGCAAAUAUUCCAGUUCUUUUAUACAUAUAUUUAUCACUAUUUGAAUUCCUACUGCUGGUACACAUUUACAAUAAUACAGAAGGCCCUGUACAGAUUGUAUUACUAUUAAAAUGUGUUUACAAAUAUAUAGUGGAAGAUGAGGUAUGGACUUGUCCAUUAUUAACACAGAUUCCUGUACUGUGAUCAAAACUAUUUUAUUAAUUCCAGGAACAGAAAAAGUAAGCAACACAGACAUAUUUUUGAUCUCAGAUUUGUUUGUUACUAUUAUUUUGCACUGUGCUGUCAUUGACCAUGAUUAUUUGAAUAACCAUGAAAAAUUUACAUCCUCUUAAACACUUCUAAAUCCAUAAGCAGCAA